GAAGCACGCGCAUACACACGUAACAAAUGAUCGAUGUGUGGGGGGUUUGGCAUAAUUUUUCAUGUUUUUUUUUUGUUUCUCGUCGACUUUUAAAUGCGGGGACUGAAUACCGGAAACGGACGGGGGAAACUUCCUAUUUGGAACCCCAAAGCCUAUCUCUGGAGCUGUUGCAUAGCGUUUGCUAUUAAAAACGUAUUGGAGUUUACGGACGAGUAAACAUGAUUAAAGCUAUAUUAAUAUUUAACAAUCAUGGAAAGCCGCGGCUCAUCAGAUUCUACCAAUAUUUCGCAGAGGACAUGCAGCAGCAGAUCAUCCGGGAGACUUUCCAUUUGGUGUCAAAGCGAGAUGAUAACGUUUGUAACUUCUUGGAGGGAGGAAGUCUUAUCGGCGGCUCAGACUACAAGCUGAUCUACCGCCACUACGCCACACUCUACUUUGUCUUCUGCGUGGACUCGUCCGAGAGUGAGCUCGGCAUCUUGGACCUCAUCCAGGUGUUUGUCGAAACGCUGGAUAAAUGCUUUGAGAACGUUUGUGAACUGGACCUCAUAUUCCACAUGGACAAGGUCCACUACAUCCUGCAGGAAGUGGUCAUGGGUGGCAUGGUGCUGGAGACAAACAUGAAUGAGAUCGUGGCUCAGGUGGAGCUGCAGAAUCGCAUGGAAAAGUCGGAGGGAGGUCUGUCUGCAGCACCUGCGCGCGCCGUCUCCGCCGUGAAAAACAUGAACCUGCCCGAGAUUCCGCGCAACAUCAACAUUGGAGACAUCAACAUCAAAGUGCCCAGCCUUUCCCCGUUCUGAAUACAGCUCGGCAGGAGGCGGGCGGGAACCGGUGGCCCCGCCCUAGCUCCUAUGCAGUCAACUUGAACUUUCCUGACCACGGCGGCGUUCGCGACCGCUCACUCCAGUCGCUCUUGUGUGUGCUGGGUUAAAGCUGUGAGUUGUUUGAGUUUUGUUGUUUUAUUUCUGACCUUGUGUCCUAGUUCAAUUUGCACAAUAUGGUCAAUGUUUGUUCCAUGAAAGAGUGGUAGGUAACCUACGACAGGGGGAACAUAUCUGCUGCCGUGCAAAUUUUCAAAACGUUUUCUAAUUUUGUGUUUUAUGACCAGUCAAAAGGUUCACCGCCAUGCUAUGCUCACACACAGUGGCGAAAGUUCCAAUUCAACCGUCCAUCUGUCUAGUAUGCGUAUUCCCAAUUUGAGAGCAAUCGGAAAUAAUCAGAUGUAUGAUUUGGCCUUCGAGGACACCAUAAAUUGGCCAAAGUAACACAAAAAUGGCCACUUCAAACCAAAUAUGGCAGCCUUCUUUUCAGAGUAAAAUUUAUGCUAAAUGUUAAAUCCAGCUUCUGUCACCUUAAACAGCUGGCCAAAGUAGAACCUCUCCUCUCCCAUGACCACUUUGAGACAGUAAUUCAUGCCUUUGUCACAUCCCGGUUCGAUUACUGCAAUGCCCUUUACUUUGGAGUCAGCCAGUCCUCCAUUAAGCGUCUCCAGCUGGUCCAGAAUGCCGCUGCUCCCCUCUUGACUGGUACUUGUAAGAGGGAGCACAUAACUCCCACUCUGACAUCCCUUCACUGGCUCCCCAUACAUUUUAGAGUUAUUUUCAAGAUCCUCUUCUUUGUUUUCAAAUCUCUGAAUAAUCUCGCGCCACCUUACCUCUGUAAGCUCAUCCGCGUCUACACACCUGCCCGGCGCCUCAGGUCUGCGGACCAGACAUUAUUAGAAAUACCAAGAACUAAACUGAGGCUCAGAGGGGAUGGAGUCUUUUCUGUUGCUGGUCCCUCUCUCUGGAAUGACCUUCCACUGAACAUUCGGCAAGCCUCCUCGCUGCCCAUCUUCAAAACCCUCCUCAAAACUCACUUGUAUUCUUUGGCAUUUGACUCAGCAUGACUUAAGAUUUGUUCUUGGUUUUGCUGUUCGGUGCUUUCUACCGUCUUUAUAACCGAUUUGCUUUUCUGUUUGUUGUCUAUGUUAAAUUGCUCCAUGUACAGCACUUUGUAUGCAGCGAUGGCUGUUUGAAAGUGCUCUUUAAAUACAGUUGAGUUGAGUAUGGCUUCUUGAGACUGGGGCUUUCAGAAUUUGUGUUAUACACAAUACUUGCCCCAUCUUACACUCUAAAAGUAAAGAACACUUGAAUUGUAUGUGGAGCAAAAAAUAAAACUCUGGGAAAUAGCUGGAACAUAAACCCGGAAGCGUCGAUGGAUUGAGGUUUACUUAAUAUUUAGUAGCAGUCACAGAAAAUCAAGCUAAACCUCAGUCGAAUGUAUGUGGUUAAAAUUUGUCAUCAAAGAAACGCGAGGGCAGGUUUGCUUUUGAUUGACCCCUGGAAAUAAUGCAAAAAAUUAGCUGGCCGUAAUUAUGCUGUAAUAGCUGCUUCAAAUCACACUGGCAGACUUCCUGUGAAUUUUCUGUCACUAAACGGCAUGGACAAAAGAAAAAGAAAACGUCCCAAUGUAAUAUGGUCUGUCCGUCUCGUAUGCCUGCGAAUGAUUGGCACUUAUUUGUAGUUCAUCAAAGCACAAGUCCUCGAAUCAGUUUCAAAAUUGUUGCUUCAAACCAAAAUGUUCCUGUUGCGCGUUCCUGAGGCUUUUAGUGCAUCUUGUUAUGAUAGAACACAAUGUAAUAUGGAGGGAUGAAACUGGUGUUGGGGCGCUGAAUUUAUUUCAUAUUUCCGAGGGUGUGCUACCGAGUGAGUUCAGGGGGUUCUGCUGUUCUUUUCAAUAAGUUUAUGUCACCCCUGAUAGGAAAAACUUUGGCUGAAAGCAUCAGGUGAAUGUGAAUAUUUAUGCAUGUUCAAUAUUUUAUGACUUGGCUGACAAGCAUAUUUUCCCUUCUUCAACUCGACGCUCAUUACUGGUUUGGAUUUUGAAAUUUCCCAAGCUCCAAAUCCGCCCCCCUACCGUAACACGAUCCCUUUGGCUCCCGGACAGCCUGGAACGAGUCUUCUUCCAUCGCGGCGUCCAAACGUCUGCCUGUCCUCGGCGGACCGUCGUCACAAUCCAUUACUCCCGCUCUUUUGCACUAAUAUUAAUCUCAACGACAUAUGCUUGGGGUUCACGAGUCAUGUGAUUCCCACCCCCCUCUGAACAUAUCGUGGAAGGCAGUCAAGCGACACAAGUCUCCAAUGCGGUUAAGCGAGAAGGAUGCACUCCAGUUUAUUUUGUGUGUUUUUGUCGGGGACCGUUUCAGUGUCUCUAAACCUCUUGCAGGGCCAUAAAUAUGCUGAAGACACACUAGGAUUUUUUGUUAUCAUCUUCCGACCUCUAGGGUCCAAAAGCUACUGUACAUCCACACAUACAAUUAUGGCUCAUUAGCACAAAAAUGUAGCUCCCAAACCCUGUUCCACUUUGCGUCAUGAAAUUCAAGUGGUAUGUUCAUCACAAAAAAAAGACUCAAGGAAAGUCAUACCUGAACAGCCAGAGGAAGCCUUCCAUUUUGGUUUGAAGUCAUCCCUCCAAAUACUGAUUCGGUAGGCCUACCAACCGUUGACUUUGCUUUUCAAUUCAGUCCCCGAAGCCAGUUUCACUGAGCCCUAUGAAAUGAUUGGAGCCAUGUCAAAUGUGAAUGAACUCACAAAAAGAACUCAUGUCUUGGUUUAAAUUCACCCCAAAAGUGACUAAUAGCACCUAUUAUGACAAACAUGUUUGAUUAUUUUUGGAAAAAUUCUUCCCGAAAUCAGUUGUCCUUCGCAAUAUCACAUUUGGUACGCAUGUGUAUCUACUUUGUCGAAUAUCCAUAGUCUCAAGACUUAAUGACUGAAAAAGUACAGGAAGUUAGUCAUGUUGGUUUAAAGGCACCAAAAAAGUGAUUCUGUACCACGUACGGGAUUUCGGGGGAAAUCCAGCCCCAAGUCAGUUUGACUCUGGCUCAUGAAAUGUGGUAAAUAAAUGAGUAACCCCACAAUAAUGUCUCACGUACAACUCCUGCAAAGACACAGGAAGCUGCCAUUUUUCUUUCUGGGCAUGAGGUCUUGGUAUUUUUAUGGGUCGACUAAUGACAGACAUGCCUACCAAAUGUCAUGGCGUUAAGGUCUAAUUGUCAAAAUAUUUUGUUAGGCUGUCCACUGUCAUUUUUCAAACCAACAUGGCAGACUUCCUGUGACUUUGCAGGACAAUACAGUCCAACUAAAUUUCACGUUGCUCAAUUAAACUAGCUUUGGGUGCUAGCUUUUUUUUUUAAUGUUUUAAAUGCUGCCACUGGCCCUAAAUGGCCCCCUGGUCUUAGGUUACCCACCCCAACUGUUUGUAUGUAUUAUAGAGAAUGUGUUUAUGUCUUAUUUACUGUAUUGAGUAAUUCAGAUGCUGAUAUAUGAUCUGCUGACAUUUCUGAACAUGAAUAAAAGCUGCUGCCAGCCAUAAA